UCGUAUCAAAACAUCCCAACACUCUGAUUUCUACUCUUCCACUUCUCCUCUCUUUUACUGUUUCGCAAUUUAAUCCAACAGCGCCGAUCACAAUUCUGCCUGUGAGAUGGCCAACACUAGAAGAUUGCUUCCAAUUGUGCUUUUGUGGGUUCUCGUUCUAUUCGGAACCCUUGCUCUGAUUUUGAAUCGGUUGAGCGACGCUGGGGUUCCAUCCGAGCAAAACGCGAUUGGGGAUGGGAAGGUGGGCACUUUGGCCGAUGUAGAUCAAGUAACGCAUAAAGUUUACUUUGAUAUUGAAAUUAACGGGAAACGCAUAGGUCGCAUUGUGAUGGGCCUCUUUGGAAAAACAGUACCUAGAACAGCAGAAAAUUUUCGCGCUCUUUGCACGGGUGAGAAAGGAAUUGGAAAAAGUGGGAAGCCCCUUCAUUUCAAAGGGAGUCAAUUCCACCGCAUCAUACCAAGCUUUAUGAUCCAGGGAGGCGACUUCACCCGUGGUGAUGGACGUGGUGGGGAAUCAAUAUUUGGCGAUAGAUUUCCAGACGAGAACUUCAAGUUAAAGCACACUGGUCCCGGAGUUCUCUCAAUGGCAAAUUCUGGACCGGAUAGUAAUGGAUCUCAGUUUUUUAUUACAACAGUGACCACAAGCUGGUUGGAUGGACGUCAUGUUGUGUUCGGAAAGGUGCUCUCCGGUAUGGAUGUGGUGCGCAAGAUCGAAGCAGAAGGAAAGCAGAGUGGUUCACCCAAAAGCACGGUUAUUAUUUCAGAUAGCGGUGAAUUGUCUCUGUAAUCCUCAUAUUUGCUCUAUGGACGUGUAUGCUUCUGCAUCCCCUUUCUCUCUAUAUAUAUUUAGGUAGUCCUUUAGGUCAGACAGGCAACUUCAGUAGUCAGUUGUUAUGUUGCCUGUUUUUAGCUGGUAGGGGACAUGUACAAUUAUACACUUGAAAAGCAAAUUCACUCAAGUCAUACCCUUCCAUUGCUUGUGAA